CAGAUUUGACAUUAACUAGUAGUUGGAAACAUGGCAGCGAUGGAUAGUUUGGUGAUGAACCUGGUGUCCUUUUGGAGGAAAACGAACAUUCGCCAGAAUUUUCCGUGGCUAUUCCUCGUAAUUUCAGUGGUGGGAUCCAUCGUGAAGGAUAUGCAGUUAAUUCCGGAGACCUAUUUCAGUAACAGCCGGAAUGUUCUGAAUGUAUAUUUUGUGAAAGUUUCCUGGGGUUGGACUCUUCUCCUCCUCUUUCCUUUCGUCACCCUCUCCAACGCUCACGACCGAGGGCUGACGUUCGUCCUGCGGCGGCUCUGCUCGCUGGCGGUGGCGACGGGGGUGUGGUACGCCUGCACGCACACCUUCUUCUUCAUCGAGGACUACACGGGCGCCUGCUACGAGUCCCGAGCCCUGGAGGAAGUGCGCCUCGAGUUAACCUCCAAGGCCGACUGCAGGAGAGCCGGCCUCGCCUGGGACGGCUACGACAUCUCCGGCCACUGCUUCAUCCUGGCGUACUCCGCCCUGGUGAUCGCCGAGGAGAUGGCCCCCAUGGUCCAGCUGAAGGGCUCCGGCUGGCGGGGCCCGGCGUACGCGGGCGCGGCCCUGGACGCGCUCUACGUGGCGCUCAACGCCAUCGUGGCGCUGUGGAUAUGGAUGUUCGCGUGCACCUCCGUCUACUUCCACGACAUGUCUCACAAGCUUCUGGGGACCUCCUGCGCGGUCCUGGGGUGGUACCUCACGUACCGGGUGUGGUACACCAAACCCCUCUCCCCGGGCCUCCCUCCACUUCAGACACAGGCCAAGAGACAAGCUUAGACCGAGUGUGACCUGCGCGACGCACCGAGUCCCAUAUCGCUGGUGGCGGAAUCUGACUGCACUACACUGCGAAAACACUGACUCUAACUUCCUGCAUAGGGUCCAGCUUGACCUCUCUCUUUUUUAAGAUUUUUCCUCUCUUGCUUGCCCCCUCUUCCUUCAUUCCCUCAAAGGUCGUUUAGGACUAGGGGAUUGGUUUUCAGUCCCAACGUCCAGUGUGGCUGCGGCCGUCAGCUGCCGUACUUAAAAUGACUUUGUGUGGGUAAUCUGAGAUCAGUGCUAUGCGUGGUAUGUGCUUCGGUGGUUGACGGUCACGUUGAUUUUAUUUUUUUGUCAUUGUCGCCUUGAACACUGGACAUUUUGUCUGGCAGUUUAUCCCGGUACUGUAAGAGGGUUGCAAUAAAAACAGCGUGUAGAUAUUUAAAGCUAGUUACUAUUUAUGUAUAUGGGAAAUUACAUUGGAAUAUUUAAUAUGAAAGCACUAGUGUUCACUUAACAUCCUUAAUAUUUAAGUACGGUUUGACCUGUGCCCAUAUCAUGUCAGUAGAAUUCAAGACCUAAAAGAUAAUCUCCAGUGUUUCCCAUAUGUGCACACGGCAACAUUGUGCCUUUCCUCCAGUGGGGCAGAAUAUUAAAUAAUGUGCAGUAAACUCUUAUUAAUGUACAGCAGGCCUGCCCCAACCCUGUUCCUGGAGAUCCACCGUCCUGUAGGUUUUCGCUCCAACCCUAACAAACCACAUUUCAUUCAACAGCUAGAGAUCUCGUUGAGCUGCUAAGCAGUAUAAACAGGAGCGACAGAUUUGGGUCAAAACGAAAACCUGGAGGACGGUAGAUCUGCAGGAGCGGGGUUGGGCAGCCCUGAUGUGUACAGCAUAACUGGCCUCAGUGGGACCAGAGGGGAGGCAGAUUCAUGACAGCUCUCAUAAACUGGUAAAAAUUAAAACGAGUAUGGCAGCUGGCACAAUUUCAAAAUGUGAACAUGCAAAAAUGAAUUCAUUAUGACCAAAAUAUUUGGUCUCCCUGGUUACAGGUUGAAAUGUUAGUCUUUCAACAUAAAAAUUGCCACAACAUUGGACAAAAAAAAUUAUCAAAUUAAUUUAACGUGUGGAAAUGUUUCAGAAUUGGCCCACAUGAGACGCAAUGAAUAAGCAAGGCUGUAGGCUGCCGCAAUAUAGUUACAAGUGAAUUAAUUCCUUGUUCAGAAAUAGAGUUCAUCGUAAUUCUGAAAUUUGAAAAGUUCAUUGACCUUAUCUUUGUUUAGCAGCUUGUUUGCUUUUUUGCACUGCACGUUUGGCCGUACCAUUAAUAUACUGCAUGAGCACAAGCUGCCAAUCUCUAUUAGAACUGGACAUUUACAUUAAAGUGGGGCUGUCUGAUAACCUUAUGUGGGAGGUGGUUAUGCGCAAUCUUACUGUAGUACAUUCAUUUUUUAAUCAGAAUAUUUGUUUAGGCAAGAGUGAAUGUUUUAAUAAACCAAUUUUGUCAUUUGUGGCAUACAUUUUACAGAACCAAAGAGGCUGAUCACAUCUGUGUAAGCAAUCAGCCUGUUUUUUGUUUUAAAUGUUGAUGUACAGACACCUAGUACAGUCUAAGCUGAUGUUACCAAGCAGGUGUUUCUCAAAACAAUGUCGCAUUCAUAAUGUUGACUGAACUGAACUUGUUCGCAGCGCUACCUAUUAAACUGUUAACAGCUGGAGGAAUGUUUGGAUUAGGGUCACUUUUUUAUGGUUCACAGGGGGUAACAGGAGGGUCUCCGAAGUUGCUCGUCCAGACGGGGCUCUUGCUUUUUGCAUAGUGCCACGCCCCUACUGUAGGGACUGAGAGGGCAGGGGUGGGGCCCCGAGUGGCAAAGCGUUCUUGGCUGUAGAGCCGUCAAGGCCAGGAGGGUUCGGUCUGAUGUCCCCAGCCUCAUCACUCCAUAAUUGGCUGCUUCUGUCUGCCUGCAGCAGCUGCAACGGUAACACCAUCCCAGGUGCCACCAGUUUGGCAGGCCAGCUAGUCAACUGUAUCAUGAAAAUGAGCUGUGGCUGAUUGCAGGUUUUUUGGAGGUCAUGCAUGCUAGCAUGCACCCAGAAGAAAUGUCAGGUGCACAGUCCUACCAAUACAUUUGGGCAUUCCAAAUUUGAGGGAAAUGGACUAUUGAAAAUAAUGUGCUAUGGAGAAUCCCAAACAGUCCAACUAAGUCAAAACAAUUGUACCGUAUAAAACCGUUCUCUUGAAUUGAAAAUAUGAAUGCGGGCAUGGAUGUCAGUUUAGGUAAUCAAAGAGCUUGAGUCAGACUGGCCAUGGUCAGAAUCACUCGGUCCUAUUUGAACAUGACCAAACGACCCAAUCCAUUCACUCCUCUGGGGCUGUUUGGUUUAUAAUUUCUGUUCCUUUCAUUCUUGUGUAGUUAUAGAUUGUGUAGGUCUUAUAUGAAAAUACAUGGAUCAUUCUGUUCUGGCACUAAUAUUUCAUAGUAGUUGUCUACUACAGUUAUUAAACUUGAUGCAAUCAGGUGGUGUAAUGGGGACAAAUAAAUGCUUUAAAUAUCCAGA